ACCUGCCCCUGGGCUGCUGAUACUGGAACAAAGUGGUCCCCAGGAAAGGGGAACGUUCCAGGUUUCCUGCUCCACCCUAAAGGAGGGUGGAGCUGAGCAGGGAGAGAAAAAGCUGCAGAGGAGACUGAGGAAGGAAGGAAGUAGGAUGGGGAGCCAGAAGGAGACCUGGAGGAGGCACGUGGAGCAGAAAGACAUGUGAAGAAACUGCACUUGCCAUUUGGUCGUGGACUGGGUGACACAGAUGUGGGCGCGGCCCGCCCCCUCCGCCAUCUUUCCCGGAAGUUUCUGAAGCUCCUCCAGCGCCGCCGAUCGCGAGUUCCUAGCGCUGCUUGUCUCUGAGGCAGUGUAUAGAGCGUUUAGGACAGGGGACUCUAGGACCAAGGUGCCGGCUACCACAGUCCUUCCAUUCCUGAACCCCAUUCACCUCUCCCAGCUCUACCUCCAGUGUCCUUUAUGCAUUUCUGAGAACAACACACAAUGAAUGAAUCUCUGGGGAUGGUGUCAUUUGAGGACGUGGCUGUGAACUUUACCUGGGAGGAGUGGUGGGACCUGAAUGAUGCUCAGAGGACCCUGUACUGGGAUGUGAUGCUGGAGACCUAUAGUCAUCUGGUGUCAGUAGGGCUUUAUGUUAACAAAGCAGAAGGGAUCGUUAGGCCGAAGCAGGGAGCGGGGCAACGGACUGUAGAAGAACCCCCAGAGCAGAGCCUCUCAGAUGUUCGUCCUGUGGAUGACCAGAUUAAGACCAGCCAGCAAAAUUGGGGGAGACAUCUAUGGCAAGUUCCAAUCUCCAACAGCAAGACUUCCUCUAAUGAGAUACAUUACUUAGGGAACGGGUAUGAGUGUCAGAGUACCUGUGAUACGUCAGCUCUCAUUGUCCAAGAUGGAACUCAAGUAGGGGAGAUCCCCUAUACAUGCGAUGAGGAGGAGAAACCCAUCUAUGAGAAACCAACACAUUUGAAUCUUCAUACAUAUUUGGGAGAUGAACAGUACCAAUGUAAUCAAACUGAGAGUUAUUUCAGCAAUAAGUCACUCCUGGCUCAGCUCCCGAGAACUCAGUUUGGAGAGAAUAAUUUUGAAUAUCUUGCAUGCAGUAAUAUAUUCUGUACGAUCUCUGUUCUUCCUAAACAUCAGAAAACACAAACAGGUGAUCCACCUUAUGAAUGUUACGAAACCUCUGAGAUGUCCACAUUCAGAAGUAGUCAGCAAGCUCUCACUAGAGAGAAAGCCUUUGGCUAUAAGGAAGGUAGGAAAACUAUCUGCCACAAGUCAGCCCUAGGUGUACAUCAGAGAACUGAGGCAGGUGAGAAACUGUGUGGCUGUGAAGAGUGUAUGAAAACAUUCUGCAAGAAAUCACCCCUCACUCGAUAUCAGAGACCUCACACAGGAGAGAAACCACAUGAAUGUCCAGAGUGUAGAAAAUGUUUCCCCUGGAAAACAGCUCUCAUUAUACAUCUGAGAACUCACACAGGAGAGAAACCAUACAAAUGUCAAGAGUGUAGACAAUCUUUCUCCCAAAAGGGAGAUCUCAUUGUACAUCAGAGAAUUCACACAGGGGAAAAACCCUAUGAAUGUCCAGAAUGUGGAAAAACUUUCUCCCGUAAGUCAGCACUCACUGACCAUCGUAGAAUGCACACAGGAGAGAAACCCUAUGGAUGUCCGGAGUGUGGACAAUCUUUUUCCUGGCGGUCAACUCUUAUUAAACAUCAAAUAGCACACACUGGGCACCCACCUUAUGAAUGUCAAGAAUGUAGAAAAACUUUCUACCGCAAGAUAGAUCUUACUAGUCAUCAGGGAACUCACACAGGAGAGAAACCCUAUGAAUGUAAAGAGUGUGGGAAAACUUUCCGCCUGAAGGGAGCUCUCACUAAGCAUCAGAUAAUUCACACAGGCGAGAAACCCUAUGCAUGUAAACAGUGCGGGAAAACUUCCUACUGGAAAUCAGACCUCACUAAACAUGAGAGAACUCACACAGGAGAGAAACCCCAUGAAUGUGAACAGUGUGGGAAAGCUUUCUGCCAGAAGGGAGCUCUCAGGGAACAUCUGAUAACUCACAGGAGAGAACACCUGUGACUGUUCAAAAUGUAGGAAAUGGUCUCCCUGGUGGCGCAGGGUGUUAAGAUGCAACCUGUGAAGCUAUCUGCAGCCACUGCAGCACAAGUUCCAUCCCCAGCCAGGGAGCAACCCACAUGGUGCAGCAGACCUCUCCUGACUUGCCCCCUGCUCCCCUUAGCAGUGUGCUUCAGUCAGUCUGCCUGUUCUGUUCCCCACUCUGUCACUGGUGAAUCCUCUCACCCCGUGUACCUCUGGCCUUCACCCCAGUUCUUGUAUGCAUAAAUAAAUCUUAAAAAAAAAAACUUCAGCGUGUCCUUCCAGAUUGCUCAUUCCUUUGGUUUAUUUUUUUUUUAAGAUUUAUUUAUUGGGCCUCAUUGGUGACACAGGUUCUUAUAUGCAUAAAUAAAUAUUUUUUUAAAGAUUUAUUUAUACAAGAACUGGGGUAUAGGCCAGAUGCGCGGGAGGGUGAGAGGAUUCACCAGAGACAGAGUGGGGUACAGAACAGGCAGACUGAUGAAAUACACUGCUGAGGGGAGCAGCGGGCGAGGCAGGAGAGAUCUGCAGAUUCUUGCCGGCCAGCAGGGAUCGAACUGGCACUAUAGAGCCUGCGGACAGCUUCACAGUGCUGUGCUCAACUGCCUGCACCACCAUGGGAGGCCCUCCUCUAGUUUCUAAGUGCAGUUUUCCUCUUGGAUUUGCCUUGGGUGCCAAAGGGAGAAGCAGGGAUAUAAGAUGGGUUGAUUGGGGAGCACCAUUUUCCUACCUACCUCGACCAUCUCCACUUGGACUUGUUUGAAUGAGAAAUACAUACACACACACAUACAUAUGUUUUUAAUUUUUUACUCAUUUUUGUGUGAAAGAACUGUGGUGUCAGACAGUUUGCUCAGGGUGAGGAGGUUCACCAGAGACAGAGUGGGGAGCAGAACAGGUGGAUCUACUGAAAUACACUGCUGAGGGGAACAGAGGGUUCAGACAGGAGAGGUCUGCUGCUCCAUGUGAGUAGCUCCCUGGCCAAGGAUCAAACUUGUGCUGCAGUGGCUCCAGAUAGCUUCAUAGAGCCAUGUCUUAACCGCUUGUGCCACAAGGGAGACCUCCUCUGACUUAUUUCACUGAGCAUAAUCCCUUCCAGCCCCAUCCAUGUUGCUGUGAAUGGCAUGAGUUUAUCUUUUUUGAUGGCUGAGUAGUAUUCCACUGUGUAUAUAAACCAAAUUUUCUUGAUACACUCAUCUGUUUUGAGGCAUUUAGGUUGUUUCCAUAGUGUAGCUAAUGUAUAUAGUGCUGUCAUGAACAUAGUACUUCAGGUUUCCUUUAGAAUUAAUUUUUUUUUUUAAGAUUCAUUUAUACAAGAACUGGGGUACAGGCUGGAGGGGGUGGUGAGAGGAUUCACCAGAGACAGCAGGGAGCAGAACCAGCAGAAGGACCGAAGUACACUGCUGAGGGGAGCAGUGGGCGGAACAGGAGUGGUCUGCCACGCCAUGUGGGUAUCUCCCUGGUUGGCCAGGAAUCGAACCGGCACUGCAAAGGUUGGGGACAGCUUCACAGCACUGUGCUCAGCUUCACAGCACUGUGCUCAACCCGCUGCGCCAUUGGGGAGGCCCCUAGAGUUAAUGUUUUUGUGUCCUUUGAGUAGAUUCUUAGGAGUGGAAUUGCUGGGUUAUAUGCUAGAUCCGUUUUUAAUAAUUUGAGUGUCCACACAGCUUUCCAUUGUGGUUGGACCAGUUUGCUUUCCCACCAGCAAUUUAAGAGGGUACAUUUUUCUCCACAUCCUCACCAGCAUUUGUUGUUAUUUUUUCGAACAGUUGUUGUUUAAUGUGGCCAUUCUCUCUGGUGUAAGGUGAUAUCAUUGUGGUUUUGAUUUGUAUUUCUCUGAUUACAAGUGAUAUUGAGCAAUUUUUCAUGUGCCUGUUGGCCAUCUGUACUUCUUCUUUGGAGAAGUGUCUUUUAGCUCUUCUGCCCACUUUUUGAUUGGAUACAUUGUUUUGCUUUUGUUGAGUUGUAAAAGUUCAUUUUCGAUCUUUGAUAUCAGUCUCUGCUCAGUUUUGUGGAUUGCAAAUGUUUUCUCCAAUUUGUAUGGUGUCUCUUCAUUUUGGUUAUUGUCUCUUUUGCUGUACAGAAACUUUGUAGUUUGACCUAGUCCCAGCUGCUUCACUUUCUUUGCUUCCGGGGAUGAGUUGGUCUUUGUGUAUGGUGGAAGGUAGUAGUCUAGUUUCUUUUGCAUGCAGCUGCCGCGGACCAGCACAGCAGUAGACGAUGAGGCCGUCUCAGGGUUGAGAGAAGCGCGCAGGGUGGUCAGGGAGUCGGCGAAAGAAAUGACAAACAGAUACACUUCAAGAGAGAGUGUUGGGCCUCCCCGGUGGCGCAGCGGUUGAGCGCUGGGUUGCGAAGCUGCCCGCGGCCUCUGAGGCACCGGUUCAAUCCCCGGCUGCUCCCCGGCCACUGGAGGAGGGUCCCACAUGGCGCGCAGACCUCUCCUG